CAGGAGGAGGUUCCCUGUGGUGGUUGUGAUGAGCUGUAAGGUGUCAUCGUGUGAAGAGUGGGCAUACAAAACUAGAAACAGAAAGGAUAGCAUGUGUGAGUGGAGACUGAAAGCACCAGAGAGGCUUUCCUUGAAAGCAGGAGGGUGUAGUUUGCCUGUCAGCUCUGCUGCUUGUCUGCCCUCCCACAAGUAGGCUUGUAGAAGCUGUGAGCAAGCCAGCCCUGAAGCAGCUCUCGGGCUCCACCUGCGGCUCUCCCACUGCGGCUCUCCCACUGCGGCCUCCAUGGAAACUGCACUGGAGCAUUUCUGUAGUUCCCAGCAGUAAUUUACACCUUGUCCUCUUUCUCCACAUGCUAAUAAAAGCAAAUGAACUUGGGAUUUUCUGGGUUCAACAUUAGGUAAUGUGUACAAAGGUCAUGAAAACCUGUAAAUGUGCUCUACGGAAGAAGGGUGUCUGCUCCCUUUCAAAUAGAGACUUACGCACUCUGCUCCAAUACAAAAGCUUCUUGUCAGGGAGAUUCAAAGUAUCCAGGAGAGUACUUGCUUCAGCAGCACAUACAUAUAAAUGGGAAGGAUACAAAGAUUAACAUGGCCCCUGUGCAAGGAGGACAGGCAAUUUGUGAAGUGUUACAUAUUUACAAAGGUGGGGGCGGGGAGAAAAAGUUGUUACAAAUAUAGCAGAGUCUGACCUUUUUGAUUUGAAAUAUACCAAGUGGAUAAAUAGAAGACAAUAAUUUUGAUUGAAAUCAAGUAUCAUUUUAAUUUAAUGAAAAUACUAUGUUUUUUAUUCAUAGCAAGAGCCUUUUUUGCAGGGGCUAUUCUGUUUAAUAAACCCUUGAAAAGUUUGAUUUAUGUUAUCUGUUCAUCAGAAUAACCCUGUAGAUUGUGGUUACUUUCUUAAAGGGUUUUGUUGUUGAUGUUGACAGUUUCAAAGGUAUAUAUACUGAAUUUUAGUUACUCUCACCUCCCAUUACCUUAUUAUCCCCGGCUUCUUCACUGAAUCCUUUCUUCUUCCCAGUAAGCCUCCUUCCUACAUUCAUGUCUUCUCAUGCAUUACCCACCAUACUUCCGAGUAUGACAGGACUUCUGCGUGAACGUGGCUAGGCUACUCACUGGGCAGUUUAUACCACCAAAGAGUAAGUUUAUGUAGAAGGCAUGUCCUGUUCAGAUGUUUUACAUCAGGUUUCCCCAAUAUGGCUCUUAAUUCUUUUUUUUCUUUUUCUUUUUUUUUUGGUUUUGAACCUUUAAUGAAAAAAAAAAUAUACUAUGGGGCUCUUAAUUCUUUUUGCCCCUCCUUCCACGUUGUUCCUUUAAUAUUGAGUGUGUGUGUGUGUGUGUGUGUGUGUGUGUGUAUGUGUGUGUGUGUGAGUGUGUGUAUGUGUGUGUAUGUGUGUGUAUGUGUAUGUGUGUGUGAGUGUGUGUAUGUGUGUGUAUGUGUAUGUGUGUGUGAGUGUGUGUAUGUGUGUGUGAGUGUGUGUAUGUGUAUGUGUGUGUGUGUGGUGUGAGCGUGUGUGUGUGUGUAUGUGUGGUGUGUGUCUCUGUAUGUGUGUGUAUGUGUAUGUGUGUGUGUGUCCGUGAGUGUGUGUAUGUGUGUGUGUAUGUGUGUGUGGUGUGUGUGUGUAUGUGUGUGUGUGGUGUGUGUCUUUGUAUGUGUGUGUAUGUGUAUGUGUGUGUGUGUGCGUGAGUGUGUGUAUGUGUGUAUGUAUGUGUGUGUGGUGUGUGUGUAUGUGUGUGUGUAUGUAUGUGUGUGUAUGUGUGUGUGUGUGUGUGUGUGUGUGUGUGUGUGCUAUGCACGUCCUUUUAACAGCUGAGCACUCCGUAGUCACUUAUUCUCUGCACUUUCACCAGUUGUGGAUUUUAUUUUAACCACUACAAAAAGGGCUCCUCUGCUGAGAGCGGCACUAGUCUGUGAGUACAAAGAUACAUCCAUAGAAGGCAGUGCUUACUGUGUCUGUAUAGCAAGAUAAUAAUAGUGCGUUUUCCCCUUGGGACUAUGGUAUCCAUUCACUGGGCUCAUGGCUGGGCUUACAGUCCUAGACAAGAGUUCUGUCCCGUGGGGUAGGCCUUAAAUCCAAGCAGAAGGUGGAAUGUUGCCCCCAAAAGCAUUCAUGCCAGUAUUGUAACAGUCAUGCCAGAUGCCAGAUUAAUUGUUACUGUAGUUUACCUCUGAAUAAGAGUCUUAAAGACUUAUCUUCUGGGAGCCUUCAUAGCAACUCUUACACCUAUCUGCAAUGGCUUAUCUGACUUCACUGAAAAUAAAUCAGAUCCAAUUCCUAAACUUGAAUUUACUUCCACUCUCCUUCUUACCUUGAAAUGAUCUGUCUCUUGGGACUGCGUCAUAGAGUGACAGUGAGUGAGGAUGCUGAUUGUGAUGGUUAGUGUAAGUUGCCUACUUGACAGAAUCUGCUUGGGAAAUGAGUCUCCAGAUAUGUCUGUGGGGAAUUAUAUUGAUUAUGCUGUCAUGGGAAGACACACCUGCUGUGGGUGGCGCCAUUCCAUGCAUGGACUCCUAAACUGCUAUGGAAAUGUAGAAAGUGAGCUGGGCAGCAUCCACCUCCCUCUGCUUCCUGAUUGGAUGUGGUAUGACCAGGUGCUUCACAUUCUGACACCUUGACCCCACUACAGGGUGUAUGUACCUUUGAACUACGAACCAGAAUAGACCCUUUCUCCUUAAAGUUGCAUUUAUCAAAGUAUUUUAUCACAGCAAUAGGAAAAGAAAUUAAGACACUUAGGAAUUAUAGGGGUUUUGGUUUGGUUUGGUUUUUUGGACACACUGUUGAAUAUAAAUAACUUCUAGCUUUAAGAAAAAAAAUUUUAUUUUUAAUUCUGUAAGUAUGUGAGUGUUUGUGUGCAUGUGGAAGCAUUCCCAAACGUUCAGAGAGGGAUUCAGAACCUCUGGAGCUGAAGUGGACCCCAGAUGUCUGAUAUGGGAGCUGGAAAUUGAACUUGGGUGCUUCGUAAGAACACUAUGUGCUCUCAGCCACUGAGCCAUCCUACCAAUCAGAGCUUCUGCUUUUUUUUCUUGAGAAAGAACUUAAACUCAAAGCAUUUACUAAAUUAGUAUGUAAGUAUCUUGUGACUCACUAAUGUAGUUUUAGGUAUCUGACCUACCAAAUACCUGCCCAGCUAAAGAAUAUCUUGAGAACAUUCUUACCCUAAAUAUUGUCAGAAUGAGAAUGCCAAUACAAAUGCAAGUUGUCUGUAAGCCAGAGAAUUUUAGAUUCCUUCUUCCAGAACCACAAAGGAGUGAGGGUUUGAUAGGAGUGUGACAACUAUUUUUAGGGUCACUUUCCAAUUGCUUUAGUAUUUACUUGCCACCAGGCACUACUUUGGAUAUCCUUUAGUAUAGCAACUCAGAAGUCUGCAAGCAGCCCUUCAGGAUUGGUGUAUCGUCUUUGUGAUACAGAUGAGGCGAUGAGCUAAAUGGCCGACCUCCAAAGAAAUAAUGUGGCAUCUGUGUGUCCAGCUCCUGUGUUACUUUGGUGCAUUAGGAGGAGAAGCACAUUUAUUUUAGUAACAGAUUGUGAAAGACAACUGCAAUGUCUAUUUUUGCUACUUUUCUUUAUCUUCCUACUUAGUAAGUGUUCUUACCAUGUCAUCACACUUGGGUCACUCCACUGCUUAAAGACGCUCACUCACUUUUGUUUACUUGAAGCACAAUAAUGCAUGUUAAAUAGAUGUUUUUUUUGUCUCCGUGACAAAUAACUGAAUUUAAGAAGAGGAAAGAUUUAUUUUGGCUUAUAAUCUUACCCUAUAACUUGCUAACUCCAUUGUGUCUUGGCUUUUAACAAGACUUAACAUUAUGGUGGAAGGGCAUGGUAGAAAAAUACUCUACACUUUACUAUCCAGGAAACAGAGAAGAGUAACAGGAAGGGGCCACAGCCAAGAUAUAAAGACCUGACCACAGCAACACAUUUCCUGUAAUCAGGCCCUCCCUGCACCGUCUUUCGACAGUUUAUUUGGAUUUUGAGUUCAUCAGUUGAUUAUUAAACUGUUAAUAAUCAGAUUCCUCGUGAUCUAGUGCCUUGGAAAUGCCUGCAUAGACAUGCCGAGAGGUGUGGCUUAGUGCAAUCUCAACUCAAUUAAAUUGGCAAUCAAGAUUAACUGUGACAUACUCUAAACUCCAUAGUCAGAUUUCAAACUCAUCUGACGCCCUGUCUCCUCUCCUACUCAAUCUCCUAUUAUUCUGCUCUGCUACCUGCGCUGUAACUGAGCUAAAUUAUUUACCCACCCCUCUGUAAACAUGCGUUUCCUGUUUAAAAAUGUCUCUGUUUGGAAACAGUCUCGGCAUCUCCUAACUGAGAGUACCAGGUGCCAUGCUUGAUCUCCCCAGCACUCUCUACCCCACUGUUUCUGGAGGUGUUUGACUUAGAUGAUUUGAUGUCUGUGAAGUGCUUGGUGCCAUCCCUGGCAUUGUAACUAUCAAAGUAAAGUUGAGAAAAGUACAAGAUGGAACUAGAACAUCUUGUUGUGGUAUAAAGAAGAAAGUGUGGUGGGGGCAGAAGCAAAGCUCUCCCUUGUGGAAUAAUACUGACAUGGAGAGGGAAAAAGGGAGUUAUAAAAUCAUCACUCCACACUAAAAUGAGUGGGUGGUAGUUUAGUGAGAAGCAGGAUUUUUUUGCAUAAUCUCAGUUCAUUUCUUCAUGGUUUGCCAGUUUGUUACAAGGAAAAACAUAGUAACUUUACAGUGGAGAAACUUGACAAUCAACACUUCAAUGUCUCUACAUUAAUGACAUGAUCAGAAUUAACUCUAGUGCUGGGAAAACGAAUCUAUAUUUUCCACGUGGUCUAAGAAUAUAGCGUCAUCCAUUGGUAUUUGUUUUAGGAGUUUAUUACUUUCAUAUGAUCAUGACAAGACAUCAUAAAGCCCACAUUGAGGAUUGGUCCACACCAGGAUGUAUCCCCUUCUCAGAUGUCAGGAAUAACAAAGGUGGGAGCGUCCUCACAUAUGUGAUUCUAAUGCACUGUGUGAUCUCGAUAGAGUGGAAUAAAGUCAUUGAAUACUGACAAAUGACACAGUUUGAGCAGGAAGUCUAAAGUAAUGAUAUUUUCAUAAUGUGGUUAUGUGAGAGAAUGUCUCUGGAAAGUUUUAGGAGUAAAGAACAGUGUUCUCAACUGAUUCAGGAAAGAUAUGCAUGUGUAAGAGAAGAGAAUUCUACAGCCAAUGAGCAAAUGUAGGAGUGUUGGAUUUUCAUAAUGGAUUUAUGGGGUUCUUGGUACUGUUAGACAGUUUUGAUAAGUUUGAAAUUGUAGCAAACUGAACUUGUUUUGCUUUUAUUUGCUUGUUUUACUGCCUUUGUGAGGGCAUGGUUGAGACACUGUUUCCUAGGAGAAGCUUCAGUAGUUCCUCAUUUGGAGCACUGUGUGGAGUAAUGGAUUGUUUUCUCAGUUUCUUAAACUAAAGGCAGAAACAGUUUGUAAGCGCCCCACAGACCUCAUGCUGUGUACCUGAAAACAGGAUGCAAGUGUUCCAAAACCAUGUUUCUGUGUCUGUGGCUUCCUGCUGAUUGGACUUUGUCAAAGCCAUUAAUAGUGUAUCAAGAUAUCUUAGGGUCUUAUUACUGUGAACAGACACCAUGACCAAUGUAAAUUUUAUAAAGGACAGCAUUUAAUUGGGGCUGGCUUACAGGUUCCAAGGUUCUGUCCAUUAUCAUCAAGGCGGGAGCAUGGCAGCAUCCAGGCAGGCAUGGUGCAGGAGGAGCUGAGAGUUCUACAUCUUCACCUGAAGGAAUAGCCUGAGCAUCCCCAGGCAGCUAGGAGGGUCUCCAAGCCCACACCCACAGUGACACACUUCCUUCAACAAGGCCAUACCUUCUAAUAGUGCUACUCCCUGGGCCAAGGAUAUGCAAACCAUAUGUGUGUGGGUGUGUGUGGGUGUGUGAGGGUAUGUGUGCAUAUCUAGUAUAUUAGUAUAAUAGAUUAUAUAAUAUUUCUCAAAACUGGACAUUUGAUGGUAAUGGUUCUUGGUUGUAAACAAUCUGAGGUUCUGAUCCCUGUUAAGAGCUUUGAAUAUAGAUCUUCUUAGUUACCCAUUUCUCAUCCAUUUGAACAGGUAGAUGGAUUAAAAUGGUAACAGUUCAGAACAAGUUAAAGAGGUUUGCAAGUCUGCAAACAUUCUUGCAGGCAAAGCCAAGUCCUUUUUGUUUCUUUCUCCAAGAGCACACAGCUCUGUUUUCACUAACCUAAGACACAAAUUGCUGCCUUUGAAUUUUCUACCCUAAAAAUCUACCACUGAUUAUUGUACUUUAGCACAGCAUUAGGGGAAAAAAUUAGGCUGAGAAUGAUGGCACACACACCUAUAAUCAUAGUACUUGGGAAGCUGAGUUAGGGUGACUAUUAGGAAUUCAAGGGUACCCUGAGCUACCUAGUUAGUACCAGGCCAGCCAAGACUCCAUAAAGAUUCACACUAAGUGUUUGCUAUACAUUUUUAAAAGACCCUAUGUAUAAUCCCCUCAGAAUGUCUACUCUGGAGUUCUUUGACUUCAGGUGAGCCUUCAAAAAUUUAACUGGGACAAGUAUGUAAGACUGAGGUGGAAAGUUAAGGGAGGGCUCUUUGGAGAGUCGGUUGUGUUGGACGGUGUUUUGCUGGGGCAAACACAUGAAGGAGUGUUUUCCUGAAGCGGGCACAAGUGAAAGGAUGUUUUGCUAAAGCAGAUACAGGAAGAAAUAUUUCCCUGAAGCAAACAGGUAAAAGGCAGACUUGCGAAGGAGCUAUUCAAUGGCACAGACACAGUGAAAGGAUGUCUUGCUAAAGCAAGCACGUGAAAGGACACACGAUGAAGGAUUCUUUGCUGACAACACUCAUGACCUAUAUUGGUCUGCCUUACACUGCAUAGGUGAGCUGGGUUUGUUACACUUCAUAGACAAAAAUAUACCAAAAACCUUCCUGUGAUGUGCUGUGACUUCUUGCCACUUCCGUGGACUUGGGCAGAUUGGCAGAGUGAUAUCAGCUGAGACAGAUGCGUGUGGAGUUUUGCUAAGUCAGGCAGUGAGGCAAGACCCAUGGAUGAUGCGUGAUGACUGGAGGCAGUAUAAAUAGUCCUCCAUGCACUGUGAGAGAGGCGCGCUGAGGCUUGCCAACAGAGCUGGCUGUGCAACACUUGCUAGUCUCAAGUCUUUGCUGAUCUUCACUUGCUGAGAGAGGCACAGCGGAGAACUUCUGGUGUUCCUGGUGUGGGCUGUGGUUGUGCUGACUUGUGCUGGUUUGGCUGAGACCUGGCUGUCUCUGCUAGGUUGUGCUACUGCUGCUGAUUGGUGUUUGCUGUCCUGACUCUACUGAACUGUAUUGCUGGUGUAUCCCCGUGAACUGAACUGCUGAUUUCCUGGCAACUCAGAUGGGAUUUGCUCCAAGGAACUAUUUCUAAACAGAUUAUAUAAAUGGUGGAGAACUUUUUACUCAUCUUUCUCAAAGAGAGCGUUUCACAGAGCACGAAGUGCAGAUCUAUGUUGGAGAGAUCGUGCUUGCCCUGGAACACCUGCACAAGUUGGGGAUUAUAUACCGUGACAUUAAGCUGGAAAAUAUUCUACUUGAUUCUAAUGGCCAUGUGGUGCUGACAGAUUUUGGUCUGAGUAAGGAGUUUGUGGCUGAUGAAGCCGAAAGAGCGUAUUCUUUCUGUGGGACUAUUGAGUACAUGGCGCCAGAUAUUGUCAGAGGGGGCGAUUCCGGACAUGACAAGGCAGUUGACUGGUGGAGUUUAGGUGUUCUAAUGUAUGAGCUACUAACUGGAGCAUCUCCUUUCACUGUUGAUGGAGAAAAAAAUUCCCAGGCUGAGAUAUCUAGGAGAAUCUUAAAGAGUGAGCCUCCGUAUCCCCAGGGAAUGAGCUCAGUAGCUAAAGACCUCCUUCAGCGUCUUUUGAUGAAAGAUCCCAAGAAGCGAUUGGGAUGUGGCCCACGGGAUGCAGAAGAAAUCAAAGAACAUCUCUUCUUUGAGAAGAUAAAUUGGGAUGACUUAGCUGCCAAAAAAGUGCCUGCGCCCUUUAAACCAGUGAUCCGGGACGAGUUAGACGUGAGUAACUUUGCUGAAGAGUUCACUGAGAUGGACCCCACCUACUCUCCUGCAGCUCUGCCCCAGAGCUCUGAGCGACUGUUCCAGGGCUACUCCUUCGUUGCUCCUUCCAUCCUCUUCAAGCGUAACGCGGCGGUCAUAGAUCCCCUUCAGUUCCAUAUGGGAGUAGACCGCCCUGGAGUGACAAACGUUGCCAGGAGCGCAAUGAUGAAGGACUCACCAUUCUACCAACACUAUGACCUAGAUCUGAAGGACAAACCUUUGGGAGAAGGAAGUUUUUCAAUCUGUCGGAAGUGUGUACACAAAAAAACUAACCAAGCCUUUGCCGUCAAAAUAAUCAGCAAAAGGAUGGAAGCCAAUACUCAGAAAGAAAUAACAGCUCUGAAACUCUGCGAAGGCCACCCCAAUGUUGUGAAGCUGCAUGAAGUUUUUCAUGACCAGCUUCAUACAUUUCUUGUGAUGGAGCUUCUGAAUGGGGGAGAGCUGUUUGAGCGCAUCAAGAAAAAGAAGCACUUCAGCGAGACUGAGGCCAGCUACAUUAUGCGGAAGCUUGUGUCGGCUGUGAGCCACAUGCACGAUGUUGGAGUGGUGCACAGAGACCUGAAGCCGGAGAAUUUAUUGUUCACUGAUGAAAACGACAAUUUGGAGAUUAAAGUGAUUGACUUUGGGUUUGCACGCCUCAAGCCGCCUGACAAUCAGCCCCUCAAGACCCCAUGCUUCACGCUUCACUACGCAGCACCGGAGCUCUUGACGCACAAUGGCUACGAUGAGUCCUGCGACCUGUGGAGCUUGGGUGUCAUCCUGUAUACAAUGCUGUCAGGGCAGGUACCGUUCCAGUCCCAUGACAGAAGUUUAACAUGUACCAGUGCAGUGGAAAUCAUGAAGAAAAUUAAAAAGGGAGAUUUCUCCUUUGAAGGGGAAGCAUGGAAAAAUGUAUCCCAAGAGGCUAAAGACUUGAUUCAAGGACUUCUUACAGUUGAUCCAAAUAAAAGGCUGAAAAUGUCUGGCUUGAGGUACAAUGAAUGGCUUCAGGAUGGCAGUCAGCUGUCCUCCAAUCCUCUGAUGACUCCAGACAUUCUGGGAUCUUCAGGAGCAGCUGUACACACCUGUGUGAAAGCAACCUUCCAUGCCUUUAACAAAUAUAAGAGAGAAGGGUUCUGCCUUCAGAAUGUCGAUAAGGCCCCUUUGGCUAAGAGGAGGAAAAUGAAGAGGACCAGCACCAGCACAGAGACUCGCAGCAGCUCCAGUGAGAGCUCCCGCUCCUCCUCCUCCCAUUCCCAUGGCAAGACAACGCCUACCAAGACACUGCAGCCAAGCAACCCCACCGAAGGCAGCAACCCAGACACCCUCUUCCAGUUCUCAGACUGAGUGCUGCAGGAAUGGUAGGCUGUCCUCGCUGACCCUUGCACCUCAGCUCCCUCAGCAUGUGCCUGAGGUAUGUUCUGUGCUUUAAAAGAUGUGUCCCAUUGUUCUCAUUGGACUCUGCCUCGUAAUGAAUAUUUCUUGGGGAACUCUACUUGGUUAUCCUUGUCCAAAAGCACUGGACAGACAGCAUUACUGUGAAUAGAGGACACGUGAUAGAUACUUUUUAGCAGACUAACAUGAUGCCAGCUCAAGAUUCUUCUUGAAACAGCAAAGGUUUCUGUAACUUUGGUGACUAGUUAGAUAAGUCACAGAUUUUCACAUGUCUGCCAAGAAGACUUGAAAAUUUCGCCAUGCCUGGUGGACAAGGAAGGUUUUUAAGAGACUUGCACCUUUUGGGUAGUGAUUUACUAGAGAAAAAGGUCUGUUUUCCAAAAAGAUAUAAUGAAUUUUAUGUGUGACUUGUUUCUUAAAAGAGAAUUUAACUUAUUGUUUUUAUUUUAUGGUCAUAUAUGCUGAUAACCUGCUAUUAUUAAUCUUUUUCUAAAAAGUAAAAAAAAAAAUAUUUAAGAAUUUAGGGUCCUAUGCUUUGCACCUGGGGCCCAUCUGAGACGCAUGCUAAGCUAUGUUUGUUUUUAAUUUUGCACUGCUCUUUCCUGACAGUUUGUUUUAAUGGUUAUUGUGGGAGUUAAGGUACAUGUCUCUUGGUUUUAUGUAACAUGGCACUUUAUGAAAUAGUGUGAGUAUUGCAGUCUGUCUUAGAAGGUGCACUGUUCCAAGCAUCUGUGCUGAUUUACCAUUCGUACUCUACCUUCUUUCAUCUGUCCCCACCUCUCUCUUCUGCUUUCUGUGCAGCAAGUAGAAAGGGACAUGUUGUCUCAUGAGUCAUUAGCCACUUAUGCACCAAUCUGAGGAAAAGUAAAGGGAAUUGUACUCAACACUGUGCUCCACAUCUGUACACUGUGUCGCACUACAGCGAGCCGCCCCCUCCUGUAGGCAGAGACUAUGUACAUAGUAUUUUAGAACCACAGCCAUGCUUGACCCACACCGCAUUUUAUAAACUUAUGCAGAGCACUUUUAUUGCUCCAAAGUUCUGAAUUCAUACAGACAAGCACUAUGCCAUGAAGAUAUUUCACUGAAAGACUGCUGCAUUUUAAAGUACAAACUAGUUAAUUCCCUAUGCAAAAAAGAAAUCAUGGAUUUGUAUGUGUUUUUCUUUAAAGCCAUUACAUGGAAUGUCAGGACUGAGAAAAGGGUCUUCACUAUGUCUACAAGAACUGCGUUUAAAAGGGUACCUCCCGACAUGUUGAUCUUACAGUUUUGUUAAUGAUAACCUCCUUAGCAUUAGUUUGGGAUUUGGACACGAUACCUAUUUAUCUCUUUCUUAAGGUAAUAGCAGCAUUAAUGUCAACCAGUGAUGAAUACUGAAGGUAACUGCAUUCUGUGUAAUGGUAAUAUAUUUAUUACUAAGUCAAUGUAUAUAUUAAUAAUAGUAUAGGAAACAAAAUGGCAAAUAUUAAAAUAUUUUCAAAAUAAUAUAUUAUCCUGCUCACUUUUUGUUCACAGUAGUUACUGGGGAUAUUUUUUGAUAUUCUGACUGGCCAAAUGAGUAUAUGAUUCUAAUUGAGUCAAUAAAAAUUUUAUACUCCUAGCUUUCAGUCAUUUCUAGUAAUGAUAGGAAACUGUGUGAAUUACUAAUAAACUCUAGCUAUUUCACAAAAAUGUGAUGCCCUUGGGCAGAGGUUUUUAAUAAGAAUAUGUCCACUCAUUUUUACACUGGGUUAUAUUUGGAAAUGUUUAAGUUAGUUUUUGAAGUUAUUUGUAAAUGUCUGUCCUGUAGGAAAUAUGAGUUACACAGUACAAACUAAGGAGACUGUUGCCAAAAGAAAGUAAUCCAGAAAAGGGGUUCAGUGCCCUCAUGAUUGAUUAGUGCAUUGUAGAUAUUGGAAUUGAUGGGUUCUAAAUUUCUUCACCUGGUAUCUUCUGGAAGAAUCAAUAGUCACUAGAACGGGCAAAAGACAGGUAGAGUAAGAAGAAAGCCUAACUGAAUCUUCUACCGGGAGCUUGUGAAAGGCCUCAGGAAACUUAAGAUGCUGUCAGUAACACCCAAUUUAUAAGUGCUUGAAAGGCAGUACGUAAUGAUUCCUUGCAGGUUGUGUUAGGAAAGUUCUUUUAGAAAUCACAUUUAGUCACAUCAAAACUAAACGAUAAAAAUGCUACGUACAAAAGCACUGAGAGGGGCUGGAGAAAUAGGAGCAGUUAAGAACAGACACUGUUCUUGGCCAAAGGAUAGGAGUUCCAUUCCCAGCAUGCAUGGCUCACAGCUCACAGCAAGCCUGGAACUCCAGCUCCAGAGCAUCCCAUGCUGUCUUCUGGUGCACAGAAAUGUUAAGUGAGAUGACUUUUGAUUUUAGGAGUAAAAUAGAAGUAGAUCAAAGAAACAUAAAUAAUCUGCUUUAAGUUCCCUCUAUGACAAUGGUUCUGGCUGUCAAGUCAAAUUAUCCUACCCUUCUUUAUGGAUUACAUUGUAUGUAAUUUAUCCCACUGUAUAUCGGGAGUCACACAUUGUAUAAUUGUGUCUGUCUAAUAUAUCGAAAGGCAAAGAUAUGCUAGGAGAACAAAACUAAAGCAGAGGGGUUUCCUGUAAUUACGAUGCCAGAUCCUGUUGCUGAAUGAACUAAUUUAGCUCUCUUGAAGUCCAUCAGUUAUCCCAAACCUCUAUAAAAACCAUUUAACUAUUGGAAUGAAGUGAAUUUCAACAUGAUUAUCUGUCUUGAGGUUGCGGGCUCAUUUGUGCAUGAAAACUGCUUUUUUUCUUUUGAGAUUACUGCUAAUUAAGUAUGCAAAUGGCUUUGUUUUAAAUGUAAGGUGGUUAUUUUGAAGAGUUCUACUAGGGUAACAAUGAGUGAUUUGUUUGUUCAUUUGUUUUUUAAUAAAGAAAAUUCUUUAUCUAAA